UCCGCCUGCCGCUGCGGGUUCGGCUCGCACCUCGCCCGUCCGCUCCCGCCCCGCAGGCGCCUGCCCCGGGCGGAUCAGGGGGCUUCCUGCGCUCUCGCGAGAAGUGCUCCGCCGCUGGCGGUGGGGAUCCCGAAGCCAGCGCCGGCCCUCCGGGGGGCGAAGAUGGGGUGUGACGCGCGGAAGCCCCUGCUGCUGCUGCUGCUGGCGCCGCUGGCGCUCGUCCUCCAGCCGUGGAGCGCCCGCGGGAGGGCGAGCGCGGAGGAGCCCGCCAGCAUCGCCCCAGAUAAAUUAUUAGUCAUAACUGUAGCAACCAAAGAAAAUGAUGGAUUCCAUCGAUUUAUGCAGUCUGCCAAAUAUUUCAAUUAUACUGUGAAGGUACUUGGUCAAGGAGAGGAGUGGCGAGGUGGUGGUGGAAUUAAUAGUAUCGGAGGUGGCCAAAAAGUGAGAUUAAUGAAAGAAGUCAUGGAACAUUACAGCAAUCAAGAUGAUCUGGUUAUCUUAUUUACAGAGUGCUUUCACGUCAUUUUUGCUGGUGGUCCUGAAGAAGUUUUAAAAAAGUUCCAAAAGACAAACCACAAAGUGGUCUUUGCAGCAGAUGGACUUCUGUGGCCAGAUAAAAGAUUAGCAGAAAAAUAUCCCAUUGUGCACAGUGGGAAACCCUACUUGAAUUCUGGAGGCUUUAUUGGGUAUGCUCCCUACAUCAAUCGUAUAGUACAACAGUGGACUCUCCAAGAUAAUGACGACGACCAGCUCUUCUACACUAAAAUAUACAUUGACCCAUUGAAAAGGGAAGCUUUUAACAUCACAUUGGAUCACAAAUGUAAAAUUUUUCAAACUUUAAAUGGAGCUGUAGAUGAAGUUGUUUUAAAAUUUGAAAACAACAAAACACGAGUUAAGAAUACAUUUUAUGAAACAUUGCCUGUGGUAAUUAAUGGAAAUGGACCCACCAAGAUUGUCCUGAAUUAUUUUGGAAACUAUGUACCUAAUUUGUGGACACAGAAUAAUGGCUGCUUGCUGUGUGAAUUUGAUACAGUUGACUUGUCUUCAGUAGAUGUCCAUCCAAAUGUAACAAUAGGUGUUUUCAUUGAGCAACCCACACCUUUCCUACCUCGGUUUCUGGACAUACUGUUGACACUGGAUUACCCAAAAGAAGCCCUUAAACUCUUUAUUCAUAACAAAGAAGUUUACCAUGAAAAGGACCUCAAGGUAUUUUUUGAUAAAGCUAAACAUGAAAUCAGUACUAUAAAAAUAGUAGGACCCGAAGAAAAUCUAAGUCAAGCCAAAGCCAGAAACAUGGGAAUGGAUUUUUGUCGCCAGGAUGAAAAGUGUGAUUAUUACUUUAGUUUGGAUGCAGAUGUUGUUUUGACAAACCCAAGGACUUUAAAAAUAUUGAUUGAACAAAACAGGAAGAUCAUUGCUCCUCUUGUAACUCGGCAUGGAAAGCUGUGGUCCAACUUCUGGGGAGCAUUGAGUCCUGAUGGCUAUUAUGCUAGAUCUGAAGAUUAUGUGGACAUUGUGCAGGGGAAAAGAGUAGGAAUAUGGAAUGUCCCCUACAUAGCUAAUGUGUACUUAAUUAAAGGAAAGACUCUCCGCUCAGAGAUGAAUGAAAGAAACUACUUUGUUCGUGAUAAAUUGGAUCCUGAUAUGGCUCUUUGCCGAAAUGCUAGAGAAAUGACCCUACAAAGGGAAAAAGACUCCCCUACUCCGGAAACAUUCCAAAUGCUCAGCCCCCCAAAGGGUAUGUUUAUGUACAUUUCUAACAGACAUGAAUUUGGAAGGAUAUUAUCAACUGCAAAUUACAAUAUAUCCCAUUAUAACAAUGACCUCUGGCAAAUAUUUGAAAAUCCUGUGGACUGGAAGGAAAAGUAUAUAAACCGUGAUUAUUCAAAGAUUUUCACUGAAAAUAUAGUUGAACAGCCUUGUCCAGAUGUCUUUUGGUUCCCCAUAUUUUCUGAAAAAGCCUGUGAUGAACUGGUACAGGAAAUGGAGCAUUACGGCCAGUGGUCUGGGGGAAAACAUCACGAUAGUCGUAUAUCUGGUGGUUAUGAAAAUGUCCCGACUGAUGAUAUCCACAUGAAGCAAAUUGGUCUGGAAAAUGUAUGGCUUCACUUUAUCCGAGAGUUUAUUGCACCGGUUACAUUGAAGGUCUUUGCAGGAUAUUAUACAAAGGGUUUUGCGUUACUGAAUUUUGUAGUAAAGUAUUCCCCUGAAAGACAGCGUUCUCUCCGUCCUCACCAUGACGCUUCUACCUUUACCAUCAACAUUGCACUCAAUAACGUGGGAGAAGAUUUUCAGGGAGGUGGAUGCAAAUUUCUAAGGUACAAUUGCUCUAUUGAAUCACCAAGAAAAGGCUGGAGCUUCAUGCAUCCUGGGAGACUUACACAUUUGCAUGAAGGACUUCCUGUUAAAAAUGGAACAAGAUACAUUGCAGUGUCAUUUAUAGAUCCCUAAGUUAUUUACUUUUCAUGGAAUUGAAUUUUUUGCAAUGGAUGAUUGGCAUGAACAUGUCUUUGAAGUUGUGCUUGAGAAGAUGAGAGGAAUAUUUAAAUAACUUCAACAGAACAACUUCACUUUGGGCCAAACAUUUGAAAAACUUUUUAUAAAAAAAAAAAUGUUUGAUGUUUCUUAAUGUCUGCUCUGAGCCUCGAAAUACAGGUUAAAGAAGAAAAGGAAGAAAAAAAAGUAAAAGUAAAAAGUAAAUAUUUAUUUCUAUGCUUUACUCUCUGAGAAUGAUGACGAGUUUCUGAAUUUGUUUUUCAAGUUGAUAAAAUAUUCAGGUACAAAUGGUCAAGUGACAAAUAAUAUUUUCUUAUUUAAGACAAGUCUGGGGAGAAUGUUAUUUAUCAAUAUGAAGGGGAAAUGUAGACACAAUGGAUAUAAAUGAAAAUUAGCAAGUUUUGAAACCUUAGAAAUUUGAUUUUGACUAAAUUUGUAUGCAGUUAUUUAAUUACACUUUUGACCACCUAUCCAGACAGAUCUUUUACAAUAAUUACUAUGGGAACACACAGGAAAUAUUGCAGUGUUUUUCCUCAAGAAAAUGCAAACACAACCAAGAAGCAUAUCCAUUGAAAACAUUGUUGAGAUUUUAGAGACAGAUUAUCUUACAUUUGUAUUAGAAAUCAAAUCUUAUGUUCCUGCAGAUGGAUCCUCCCAGAAGGUUUCUUGUAAGUAGAUGUUGGAUUUAGGAAAGCAUUCAGGCCUUUCCUUAAAGUAUUAUCAGGAAGAUCAGCAAGUGUCCUUAUAUCAAAACAGCUUUUUUUUUGUUUUAAAGUUUUGUUUCCUUUUUCAUUCUAGAAAAGAGUGAGAAAAAAGAAAAAAUCAUUGAGAUUAACAGUGCAUUUUAUGAUAUUUUUAAGUACUUGAAUUUUGUAUCAGGAAAAUAAAAUUGUUGAGCCUUGCUUUUUCCCUCUUGCCCUUUUCCUCUCUCUCAGUUUUUUUCUGCGGAGGGGCAGGGUGGGAGGGAGAGAAGGGUUAUUUGCUGUUUUCUCUUCCAGGCAUAAUCUGUUUUACCCAUUGAAGUCUUUUUAUUUUCUUCCCUCUAUCUCACUUUAAAAAAAUUAUCCAGCAAAAAUAUUUGUUGACUUGAUUUUUUUUGCCAUUUCUCUGAGUAAGGUUUAAAUAUCCUUAUUGUAGCUACUGGUUUUAAUUUAAAGGUUAAACUUGAAAUAAGUUCUUAAUC